CGCCACCCUAAUCGUUGGAUGUUUGCGGCGAAAGGCUCUCUCAGAAAAGCACUACAUAAGCGACACACUGCACAUGAAUCUAAAGCUCAACAUAAAAAUCAAACGGAUGAUGAUAGUAAGCCAACAACGACGAAACAUAAAGAUAAGACGUUACUUUCCUUUGUUCGUCGAGAAGGAAAACUUAUUAGGAAAACUUUUGGCGAGAUAUGUGGAGCUGAAACAGUUUUACAAGAUGCAACUCAGCCGAAAUCUGGGCAGCUAAAAGCUCGUUCACGCUUACAAAGUGAGAGUCAAAAUGCUGUUUAUGCAUUGUUUAUGAAAGCUCAUAAAUGCUACGAUUUGAUACCAACAAGUUCAAAACUGGUUGUUUUCGACACCGAACUACCUAUAAAGAAGGCAUUUUUUGCACUUAUUUAUAACGGAGUUCGGGCUGCACCGCUGUGGAACAGUAAAAAACAAGAAUUUGUCGGGAUGCUUACUGUUACUGAUUUUAUUCAAAUAUUAUAUAAUGAUUGUAAAAGUGAUGGAAUCAAAGAAUUGGAAGAACAGAAAAUCGAAAAAUGGCGAGAAAUAUUUGAAGCGAAUGGAAAUUUACAAUCUAUGGUUACCGUCGAGCCGUCAGAAAGUCUUUAUCGAGCCGUACAAUUGCUGUGUGAUUUGAAAAUUCAUCGGCUGCCAAUUAUGGAAAGCGGAGCGAGUAAUAAUAUUUGGUACAUUUUGACACACAAAAGAAUUAUAAAAUUUCUUUACAUAUAUUUAGUUGAUUUACCUCGACCAUCUUAUAUGGACAAAACUCCAAAAGAUUUGGGAAUCGGCACAUGGGGAAAUAUAUUCACGAUUACGAAGAGCACCUCUGUUAUCGAUGCAUUACGACUUUUUCUUGAAAGGCGGGUAUCUGCACUGCCAUUAAUUGAUAAAAAUGGAAAGGUAAUUGAUAUCUAUGCCAAAUUUGAUGUUAUUAAUUUGGCAGCGGAAAAGGCUUAUAAUGACUUGGAUAUCACCGUUUAUGAGGCACUGCAGCAUCGAUCUGAGUGGUUCGAAGGUGUGAGAAGUUGUUUAGAAACGGAUUCAUUAAUGGUUGUAAUUGAGAUUCUUGUGAAAACUGAAAUUCAUCGACUCAUUGUUGUUGAUUCUGAACAGAGGGCUAUUGGUAUUAUUUCAUUAUCAGACAUUCUUCGGUUCCUGAUUAUCGAACCACCGGCUGCCGAAGAUAGCGGUAAGAAUAUAGGUCCUAAGGGACUUUUUUUAAAAAGAAAUCAUCUAGAGACCGGAAAGAGUGAUAGUCCCUUGACGAAAGGUAUGGAGUGUGAUGAAUGA